AUGCAUGUUCGAAUAGCCAGAUGCUCAUUUUGCAACGGCGCAGAACAAUGUGCAAAUAAGGAAACAGUAAUAAGGCAGAAGCUUUUUACAUUAUUGGAGCCUUUAGCUGCAUCACCGCUCAUUUAUAGCAAGAUCGGAAUUAUGGCCAAUGAAUAUGAAACGAAUUAUCCGGUGCCGUACCGAAGUAAGUUAACUGAAUCGUUUGAGCCCGGACAAACGCUUUUGGUAAAAGGCAAAACGGCAGAAGAUUCUGUCAGAUUCACGAUAAAUUUACACAAUGCUUCGGCGGAUUUUAGCGGCAAUGAUGUUCCGUUGCAUAUAUCCGUGCGUUUUGAUGAGGGGAAGAUUGUGUUCAACACAUUCAGUAAAGGGGAAUGGGGCAAAGAAGAAAGAAAAAGUAAUCCUUACAAAAAAGGAGAUGACGUCGAUAUUCGAAUUCGUGCACAUGACAGUAAAUAUACAAUCUAUGUUGACCAGAAAGAAGUGAAAGAGUAUGAACAUCGUGUCCCACUCUCGUCAGUGACGCAUUUCUCGAUUGAUGGUGAUGUGCUUGUUACAUAUAUCCAUUGGGGAGGCAAAUAUUAUCCGGUUCCAUACGAAAGUGGAUUAAGUGGAGAAGGUUUGGUGCCAGGCAAAUCGCUGCUUAUUUUUGCAACACCGGAAAAGAAAGGGAAACGUUUCCAUAUCAAUCUACUCAAAAAAAAUGGUGAUAUUGCACUUCACUUCAAUCCUCGAUUCGAUGAAAAGGCGAUAGUUCGUAAUUCGCUGAUUGCUGGUGAAUGGGGUAACGAGGAACGUGAAGGAAAAAUGAUUCUUGAAAAAGGGAUUGGUUUUGAUUUAGAAAUCAAAAACGAGGAAUACGCCUUCCAGAUAUUUGUUAACAGCGAACGAUAUGCAACAUAUGCUCAUCGCUUGGAUCCUCAUGAAAUCAACGGUCUUCAAAUUGGUGGCGAUCUAGAAGUGAGCGGUAUCCAAAUGCGCUAA